AGUUUCAUUCCUUCUUGGCUAUGCUUUCGGCUUUAUUUUCCACACAGUCGGGACUGGACGUGCCCAGAAGUCACCCCAUCAUCCGGUAGCUGGUACAGCAUCACCUGAGAUCUAUUUUAAUGCAGCUUAGUGGCCAGUACAGUGGCCCAGUGACUCCCACAGGGCAGCGGGCACCCGGCUCAGUGCCACCGAACGUCUGUUAAGCACAGGCUGGCUCGCUGGUGGCCGUGGCCAGAAUAGUCCGCAAGUGACUAGUGUCCAGAGCCCAGAGACGGGCAUGAGUGUGGGGUGCCUGACAGCAACAGGAGGCUCCUGCCAGUUCCAUGGGUCACCUCGAACACCUCCUCAACAAUCUCCAUCCGUGCUCCCUCUGCCCCGAGACUGCUUCCUUGCCUUGCCCCCUCCAGAGUCAGUCUUCUGCACUUGCGCUUGUCUUAAGGGAAGCGGAGACUUGAUUCGCAAGAGGACAGGUGAGGUUGUGUGAGGCGAGGCCAUUGCCCUCGGCACCCAGAGUCACCCCUCUUUCCUGGUGGAGGCAGGAGGUGAAAAGAGGCGACCUCCAGCCAGGAACCAUCCACCAAGUGGCUGGAAACUUCUGCCCACAGCAGGGCCCCGAAGGCUCUGCAGAGGGGGCAGUGAGUUUGCUCCCCAGUUUGUGCCCUGUGAGCACAGCCAGGGAAGGAAGGGGCUGAGAAUGGCACCUGCACCGGGCCUCUCUCACCUCCUGGGUCUUCUCAGUGUCUGCAGGUCAGGCAGCUCCCUCUGCAGAUUACAGGGCUCAGGGGAAAGAGGCUUGGUGGGUCUCCAUGGCAACGCACAUCCGCGCUGGCCCCGCCCGCCCGCUCUGGUGCCAGCCUCCUGGGACACACGCUCCGCCAACGCCAGGCUGUGUCCUGCUCCGGUCAGUGUUCUCUGGGCACAGCGCCUGGGAGGCAGAGAGAGGGAAGAGCGCGAGGCCGCAGCCAGCCACGAAAGAAACAGGAGGGAGACGCCUGGGACAUGGCUUCUCUCUACCUGCUCUCCCUCCGCUGCUGAACUUUCUGCUUUUCCCUGAAGAGACCUGGACACGGUCUCCUCCCAGACUGGGAAGCAGAAAGCAGGACCUCCGCUGGGCCUGCCGCCUCAGGAAGCCAGGGUGUGGGGGCCAUGCCCCUCAUCCCGUGGCUCCGGUGGAGCGAGGCCUUGCCACGGCUGUCGGCCCGGAGCCCGGCCGAGACGGUGCUGGAGACGCUCAUGCUGGAGCUGGCGGGGCAGAUGCGACAGGCGGAGAGGCAGCAGCGGGAGCGCAGCAACGCGCUCAGGAAGGUCUGCACGGGCGUGGACUACAGCUGGCUGGCCCGCACGCCGCGGGCCACCUACGACCUGAGCGCCCGCGAGCGGCUGCAGCUGGAGGAUGUCUGCGCCAAGAUCCAGCCGGCCUACUGUGGGCCCGCCAUCCUCAGGUUCCGGCAGCUGAUGGCGGAGCUGGAGCCCGAGGUGCAGGAGGUGUCCCGGCUCUUCCGCUCGGUGCUGCAGGAGGUCCUGGACCGGAUGAAGCAGGAGGAGGAGGCCCGCAGGCUGACUCGCCAGUGGAGCCUGCGGCCCCGCAGCAGCCCGGCGCUGGGCGCCUUCAAGACCCGCGCGCGCAUCUGUCCCUUCGCCAGCGACAUCCGGACCAUUUCGGAGGACGUGGAGCGGGACGCGCGGCCGCCGCCCCGGACCUGGAGCAUGCCGGAGUUCCGGGCGGCCAAGGAACACUGACCGGCCUGCUUCUGCCCAGGAACAGG